AUGACAACAUCAGGAGAAGGCUGGACUGUGUUUCAACGUCGCCUUGAUGGAAGUGUUAGUUUCUACCGAGGAUGGCAAUAUUACAAACACGGCUUUGGUGACCUAAAUGGUGAAUUCUGGCCUGGACUGGAUAAGAUCAAUAGAAUUACAAGUGCUUCACACAAUAAACUUCGCAUCGACAUGGACGAGACACUUCUGGAAACACGAAAUAUGCAGAAUAUGAUUCUUUUGCCAUCGCUAGUGAAGAGCAGCAGUAUAGAUUGA